AUGUAUCAGAACAGCAACGUGAUCAAGGCUGCAGCUGCUGCUGCGAGGACUAACGUCACAAGGGAAAUCCGGCAGGAACUGAAGGCCACCGAUCCCGACCGAUCGCGCGGCACGGAUGUCGAAAGCUCCUCCAUAGUUGACGGGGAAGGGAGUGGCUACCCACUGGAGCUUCGACCAACUACCACCGGUCAAUUCCGCUUUGGGGCCACCCCUGACUCUACCAUCAUUAUAGGGGUAUGGGGUUCGAGACAAAGAAAGAUCAAGGCAGCAUAUCAGUUUUUCCUAUAUAAUUUACUUGGAUCCGUUUUUAUGCUAUUAGCUAUUCUGUUGAUUCUUCUCCAAACAGGAACCACCGAUUUACAAAUUUUAUUAACCACUGAAUUUAGUGAGCGGCGCCAAAUCCUUCUAUGGGUUGCUUUUUUCGCCUCUUUUGCCGUCAAAGUGCCUAUGGUACCAGUUCAUAUUUCGUUAUCCGAAGCCCAUGUAGAGGCACCUACGGCUGGAUCCUUCAUAUUGGCUGGAAUUCUUUUAAAAUUGGGAACCUACGGGUUUUUAAGAUUUUCGAUACCCAUGUUUCCCGAAGCGACACUUUGUUUCACUCCUUUCAUUUAUACUCUAAGCGCGAUUGCUAUAAUAUAUACUUCCUUGACCACUUUAAGACAGAUCGAUCUUAAGAAGAUCAUUGCCUACUCCUCAGUAGCCCUUAUGAAUUUGGUGACUAUUGGUAUGUUUAGUCCGAACAUACAGGGAAUUGGAGGUAGCAUUUUACUUAUGAUAAGUCAUGGACUGGUUUCUUCAGCCCUUUUUCUAUGUGUUGGUGUUCUAUAUGACCGACAUAAGACUCGACUUGUUAGAUAUUAUGGAGGUUUAGUGAGCACCAUGCCGAAUUUCUCUAGCAUUUUCUUCUUUUUCACUUUAGCCAAUAUGAGUUUACCCGGCACUAGCAGCUUUAUCGGGGAAUUUCUAAUCUUAGUAGGAGCUUUCCAAAGAAAUAGCUUAGUAGCCACAUUAGCUGCGCUUGGGAUGAUUUUAGGCGCGGCGUAUUCCCUUUGGCUAUAUAAUCGUGUGGUUUCUGGAAAUUUAAAACCCGAUUUCCCCUCUAUAAAUUCUCCGAUCUAAAUGGUAGAGAAGUUUCCAUAUUUCUACCUUUUCUUGUUGGAGGGGCGACCGUCCGUUGAACUACCAAAAAAGGGUAAACCAAUGUGAUCAUGACAUUGUAGGUGCUUGCGAUGGGACGGAUGCGACUUCCCUCAUAAGUAAUGGGUGGCAUAGCCCGUAGUGGAAGUCCCCUUUUUUUAUCCAUUUCUUUAUUGCCCCAGAGGGGCCCACCCUGGUGGGACCGAGAGAAAGAAAGGACGGGGGGGCGACCAUGCAUGGCACUUCUCGACCGUGUCUCCGAGGGACAGUUGAACGAGCGACUCAUGAAUGCUGCCGGGUCGGACGAGCCAAUAACUCGAACGUGUUCGGUCAGUUUUUUGAGCAAGAAUCACAGCGUUACCUUACCUUCACCAUGAUAUACGGACUCCAAGUUCUUAUGGCAGAGCACGAGGAGUUUCCUUCAAUAUGAUGAUGAGAAUGGAAACCAGAAGCACGACUGGGUCUUCGUAGUCCGAGAUCAUACUUAUAUAUCAGUCACAGUAACGUAAGCAUGAGACUUUUUGGUAGUACCGGUGAACCAGAUGGCCGCGGCGAGGGAAUCUGGGACGGAGGACUCGUAAUAUUUCUAUAGAUCUGGCAAAAGCGAAAGACCCCUAACGUCAGGGGCUGACCACUGAGCUCACUCAGGCCCCGCUGGGCGGGCCAGAGUGGGUGCGAGCUGGAAUUGCCAUAGCUUAUGGUUAGAGCAAUAGGAAAGGGCCCAGCAGAGAGAACAGUCAGGAUAACGAGCGCGGAGCCCACUUGGCAGGCGGCAGGAGCAGCGGGCAAGUGCUUGCUUGGUAGGCCAACAGCCCUGUGAACCGGGCGAGGCACUUGACGAAAGGGGGGCACGCUGAGCAAGUACGCAAAAUUGGCCCUGCGGAGCUUUCAAAAAGAAAAGCAAGGACCACUACGGGAGGUCGAACCACGGACCGGAGGUAGUAGAACGUGGUCCGCACCGGUCAAUAUUGGAUCAAACAAUAGGGGACCGUAGCACUGACCUUUUUUUCAAGACAAUAGGUACUGUUCCCUACCGAGACAAGGGACACUCUCAACGGAUCCUCCACGCGCUGGGCAUACCAUAGUUCUUCCGUGCGUCUUUAUCGUGGCGGAAACAGAACACGAGGGAAAGACCCGGCCGACUCGCCCAGGGCACGAGGGCGAGCCAUACGAGAGUGAGUCAAAUUCUGUCUACGUUCUCGGUUUGGGUUCGGGCCCCUCUCGAUCUUUUGCGUAUAAGGGAAGGGGGAAGGAGUCUAAAUCUAUGGACAUUAAUGACCCACCAUUGAUGGAUGUUGCACAUGACACGAGAAAUUCGACUCGUCGGUCCGGUGCUAAUAGAAGUCGCUUACUCUCCGUCUAGCGAAGGUGCCAGAUCCUUAAAGUAAAGUAUCUAUCAGCCUAGUGUACCAACCACGUGGUACGACGGGCACUCAAAGACCUGGCGAAUGAGGGCCCACCCCACCCAAGAGCACUUAUGUCAUAUGGGAACUCUCGGCUGGAAACAAUCCUUAUGGUUUUUAUAUCCGGUUAGAAUAAUAAGAAAGAAUCAAAGUCCAGGUUGGUUGGUGAGCCUAGUGAUAGGAGACUAUCUAGCUUGGUUCGGAGAGGACUUGUUGGGUUUCAGAUUUGUUUUUUGCUAAAUGUUACGGCCUAAAUGCUGAACUAUUGACCCUACUUGUUCGGAUGGGUGUUCACCCCAAAGUGUUCCUGGAAUGCAUGCAUACAUCCGUAAGUAACUUAGUGCAACAUGGCAAAUUUCAUUGAGAGGAAUCAGCAAAGAAAAGAAAUCUUCU